AUAUCUUUCCUUCAAUAAUCUUUCCCAACUUCAGUAAGGAAAGGUUCUGAAACUGGUAAUCGUGGACACAAUUCUUCCGCUUCAAAUCAGCAUGAAAACGCAGCAUCCAAAGCUCAAAACCCCACCCCGACCACUCUUCUCCUGCGGUUUCUUCCGAUACUGCACUCAAACCGUAGUCAGCCCUACCACCCCUAUUACCCCCACCCUACCACAACCACCACCUCCUCCUCCGCCGCCGCUGCCGCCGGCAACUGAUACGUUACCAUCACAGUCACAUCCAGAGUCCGAGUCAUCGUCGUCUUCUUCGUCCACCUCACAAAGCUUCACACAGUGGCGAAAGGUUCUGAAACUGGUAAUCGUGUACACAAUUCUUCCGCUUCAAAUCAGCAUGAAAACGCAGCAUCCAAAGCUCAAAACCCCACCCCGACCACUCUUCUCUUGCGGUUUCUUCCGAUACUGCACUCAAACCGUACUCAGCCCCACCACCCCUAUUACCCCCACCCUACCACAACCACCACCUCCUCCGCCGCCGCUUCUGCCGCCGGCAACUGAUACUUUACCAUCACGGCCGCAUCCAGAAUCCGAGUCAUCGUCGUCUUCUUCGUCCACCUCACAAAGCUUCACACAGUGGCGUUUCCCUUUACCUCAAUCACCCAUCUUUCACCACCAACCCACUCCGCAACUCGAGUUCCUCUCUCAACUUCCUCGGGAGUCCACUUCAUCUGACCUACCUCCUCUUCCUCCACCGUCGGCGGUGCUGUCCUCCAACCUUGCUGAGCUAUUUCAUGUAGCGGAGCUCCAGUUCAGUACCGGUUCCGACGCCGACCGACUCUCUGCUCUCCACCUGCUCGAACACUCUCUCGUAGCGAAGCCGGCCACGGAGGGAGGCGGAGACCGGGCCUGCCCGCCGGCGGUAAUGAACGGUGUGGUAAGCUUUUUGAAAGACCCCGCAGAAGCGAAGUCUGCGACAAAGGUGUUGUUGGCACUGUGCCUGGCAGAGGGGAACCGACACGUGGCGGUGGAGGCAGGGGCAGUGGCGGAGGUGGUCGAGACAGUGGCGGGGCUGGAAGGGAGCGCGGCGGAGAGAGCACUGGCGGCGCUAGACUUGCUGUGCACGUUGCCGGAGGGUGCCGCGGAGCUGAGGACACACGCCCUGGCCGUACCGAUGCUGGUGGAGAUGAUGGGGAAGGUGGCUGGCAGAGGGAAGGAGUGCGCCAUCAGCGUUCUGGCCGUGAUAUUUGGUGGUGGUAGUGGGAAUGGCAACGAGGGAGUACCGGUGGCGCAGUCGGAGGACGUGAGGAGAACGGUGGUGGUGGCGUUGCAGGGAAAGUGCAGCGCCAGAGGGAGGAGGAAGGGGUCCCAGCUUCUUAAGUUGCUUCACCUUCAUGAUAAUGACGAGAAUGGACGACUCGAUUUCACGGAGGAAGGACAGUAGAAUGGUGAUGCGUGAUGGAGAUGGAGAUGGGACACCUUUCCUUCUCC